CCUGAGGAGGGUUUACUGCUGGUCUCUGAUGUCGAUUCAUAAUAUUGAGCUCAUCUAACAACUGUAUAAAAAUAUUGAAUCAGAUGGAAGUCGACAUGUGCGAUGACUGUAUCAUGAAAGCAUACCUAUUCCAGGCUGGGUCACCAAUCAACGGCAGAUAUGCACUCCAAUCGAACCACAGCUCUUUGACGGCGAGCUGGUCGAAGACCGGGUUCCCGCUUGCGAGGUCUACAACACCAUUCGCAGGAGCGAGUCCUAGAAACACAACAUCAGAGAAGUGUGAUGGCAAAACUUACAGCAUCAAGUCCGGCGACACCUCCACUCAUCAGGUUGUCGACGCCUUCCCCGCUCGCAAAGAGAACCAGAAAGGAUUGUUUCUUGGACACGAAUGGCGCGAAUCUGCCAGUCCCGGAACUUCUGCUUAUCCAGGCCAAGUCGGCUUGCGAGGUUCUUGCCAUGGGGUGGGCGAUUUUGUUGGAGGAAUUGGAAAGCUGGACGGAGCCAUUAAAGGAUGUAUCGAAUACGGAACCAUAGUCACGCCCAUGACAUGUCAAUCAUUCAUGGAUAGCAACGGCAUCACCAUGGCGCGAUUCUUCAACAUGUUCGUCAGGGUCCGGUUCCCCAUGGGUGGAUUAAUGUAA